CGGGAGACACUAAAAGAAGUUCAGGACGAAGCAGGACUACCUGAGACAACUACCAGUUGUUUUAAAGUCCUAGAUAAGCUAAAGGCUAUCUCAAAGAACGAGUUAAAGAAAGGUUUUCGGGGUUGGAGGAAGCGCUGGCACAAGUGCCUAACCUGUGGCAGGGAUUCAUUUUGACGGCGUUGACAUCAAGGCAGACGAAUAUAUCAACUGGAAGCAGAGGCGAUACAUUCCAACGAACAGCUAUUAUCCUUUGAGUUGCGUAGUAAAGACAUAAAAUGGCAAAAAUAUGUAGCACCGUUAACGCCUCGCAAUCCGCCCGUUUAUUUACAAAGGCAAUUCCAAUUGAUGAGCAAUUAUAGAGAACCAAUUGGAAAUCACAAUAGACGUGAAGUUCUAGUUUGUCAUGAUAUGAUGGGAAAUUACCUCGAAGAUCGACACUACCAUUCGUCUAAGAAGUAUGAUGACUACCGUUUCUACCAUUGGGCCGGUAUCGAUUACUUCUGCUACUUUAGUCACAAUUAUAUUACAAUACCACCGUGUGGUUGGUUAAAUGCAGCGCACAAACAUGGAGUACGAGUACUGGGCACAUUUAUAACGGAAAGCGGACAUUCAAAAUUACUGGAUGAAGUGCUGCAGUCAGGGGAAAUGGUAGAUAAAAUUGUAGACGCUAUGAUAAAGCUAUGCAAACAUUAUUGUUUCGAAGGCUGGCUGAUCAAUGUUGAAUGUAAGGUUAAACUGGAGAAUAUGGAAAAUCUUUACUACCUCGUAGAACGUUUACGUGCCGGCGUCGAAAGAGAAGUUGAACAUGGUGUGGUAUUCUGGUAUGACAGCAUCAUAGAUACAGGCGAUUUGAGAUGGCAAAAUGAGAUUAAUUCAAAGAAUGUGCGUUUUUUUCGUGCCGCCGAUGGCAUGCUUAUCAAUUAUAGUUGGAAUGACAAAAGCCUCGAAAUGACAACGGAAAUUUGCGAACGUUCACAAUCUCAAUGUCAGCGUGCAUUUUUUGGCAUCGACAUUUUCGGUCGCGGUCAAGUUGCCAAAUUUCAGAGUAAACAAACUUUGGCACGCAUUGUGAGUCAACGCUUUUCGACUGGAUUUUUCGCACCAGCUUGGACAUAUGAAACAUUACAAAUGUUUGGUUAUAAUAUAAAACAACCCUUGGGUGAUGACAGUGUGAAUGAUGCAUUUUUGCGACGUAAUGAGAAAUUUUGGUGUUCAUUAUGGGAGCAUUUGGCAACACACCCAUACAACGUUUUACCAUUUUAUUCCGAUUUUUGUUUGGGCUCCGGAAAAAAUACCUACGUACAUGGACGCGCAAAGAUUAGCACCACCGGCAGUGGUGGUGGUGAUGGUGAACAAUUUUUUAAUUUAUCACGUUGUGCACUGCAACCGUCAGUGCCGCUCUAUCAGCUCGCUGAACGUUUCUAUGCCGAUGGCUUUAAUGGCGGUUCAUGUUUGCGCAUAUUACAGUACAAUAAUAGCUUUCGUAUAUUUGUUACCGAUUUGAAAAUACAAACUGGCGGCUUAAUUUUCGCUUACGCUUAUAAAUUACUACCAAAUGAUGGCGAAUUCGAUUGUAUAUUACGUUUUUGUACUAGAAAUAAUGCACGUGAUUGCUAUCUAUUCAUGGGUGAUUAUUAUGACACAUCAAACUUCCAAAAGGGGCGCUGCUAUGUGUCACCAUUAAAGUCCAAAUACAAUCAUCUCUUGAGCAGCAAUAAAUUGGAUACACCAAAAAUACCAAAAGAACUUGCGCUUUCAGAAAAUAUACCAAAUGGUUGGCAUGUACGCUAUUAUGUUGUGGCAUUCGAUGGCGCCAUACAAGUGAAGGAUAUCGGUGUGUUGUAUCGGCGAGGUAACGAAGCAAAGGACACAGCAUAUUUAGGUGCAGUUUACCUGAAUGGAUGUGAUUUAAACACGCUUGACUUUCCACUAGAGAGUAAUAUUGCAAUGAUACAAAUUUAUGGCGAGGAUUUGCUUAAUUAGCUACUGAAGGUAAGGUCCAACGAUAGUCAAAAGUCAGUCGGUCACAGUCAGUGAGUCAGUCAGUUGGUACAUUUGGCUUUUCGACUAGUAUUCUUUUUUUUUUUUUUAUAAAUAUACAAAUACAAUUAUAUUAUUAUGUAAAC